AGCUGCUUGGCAUAAGAAAGUGUUUCUUAUGCUAAGAGGUUCUGCUCGGAUGCGUUCUCGCAUUAACACCUACUAUGCAUCAAUCUGGAUAUCGAUUCAGAUUCAAAAAUGACGCAUCGUGAUAACCAAAGAUGUCCGAGCAAGUGCAGCCUGGAUUCUACUCUCAGUCAAACCUGCUUAGCGUGUUCAGUAAGAGGUGAUCUACGCGAUAGGUCUGCUUGCAGUCAUCCCCCGUUCAGGUUGGAGACUAGCACGAAGGAAUUUGCGACUGCACCACCGUAUGCCGAUGUAAACUUGUUGCGAAGACGAGAGGAAGUGCCAGCUGAUCGGCCUAGUGUCCGCCCGGAUUCAUCGUCCUCUUCCACAUCAAAAGAUACAACGCCGAUCUCCACUGGGCUGCGACGUGCGAUCGAUGCCGAACUGCACUGUCCAGCUGUCCUCCGAAGAACAUGCUUGUGGCCGCUCUUCAGACGAGAAUGGUUGAGGAAAAGCCUUUCACGGCAAGAGCAGGAGGACCAUAGAUCAUAUUCGUAUUGUAAAUCUAGGCAUAGCACAGGAGAUGGGGAUGUAGCGCCUGCUGGAGGAAAUGUACAACUACAGAAACCGCUGAUCUUCGUGUGGCCCUCCGCAAUAAUGCAGCCGAGAAGAGCACAAGCAAAAAUGAGUCCAAUUUGGCGAAUAUCGACUCUCCAGUGGUGCUGGGUCGUACUGGUGUUGCUGUUUUUUUCGUCCUUGAUUUUACAAGAUCUGAUGUCUCUGCUUUCUUGUCUGCACCGGAUCGGGAUCCGCAGUUGUGGCAGUGAAGGAGCAUUGCACUCACAAGCUCGAGAGGACCAUAGUUGUAGGAGGAGAUCCUGGCAAUGGGGGCAUGGUGAAGAUGGUCAGCAGGAGGGUCCAGCGUGGUCCUGCAGGAAGAGCAGUGGCUUUCGACAAAACCGGAACGAAGAAACAGCAGCUGACUCCACCCUGCUUCGUGCGAUGUCGUCACUGACAACUUGGCCAACAUGGACGACUACAGAGGUAGAAAAUGACCAACAGAGCCCCCUCAGGCAAGAUGAUUUUUCCAACACGUCGAUCUUCACAAGAGCGAGUUCAUCUACCUGGAGUAUCCUCUCCUCUGGUCCGAUUUUGUUCGCAGCCGCCCAAUCAGACGCGCUGGCGAUGGCGGAGUUUUUUCACAUGGUUGAGGAGUCCAUCGAACAUGUUCCAGCACACAUGACGAUUUGUCAAUUCGGGUUGCCUCCAUUCAACGAGUUGCUCACUCACCAAAUCUUUGCAAGGUUUACAAAACCCAAAUGGCAAGAGACUUACGUCCACUUUCUCCAUGUAGAUGGUGAUACAGAUGAGAACUUCAAACUGCUACAAGAGACCUACCGAAAAGAGCUUGCGGACGGCGACGAGAUCGACGACGCGAAAGAUUUGAAGAUGGUGAAUGUUAUGGUGUGAAUGUCGUGAACAAGGAGUAGGAGUACUAAGACGAUGGUCUACUUAUAAUAGAUUAGUUUAUAGAACGGAUGUAGGAUGGACUUGGAUGGAUCGGAUGGACCCCCCUGAUUCUUCCGAUCCUACUUGAAAUGGUGGAAAGUCCAUCCGAUCCAUCCCAUCCCGGAUCUGGCACCCCUAUAAACUGCUCUAUUAUAAUUCAUUGUGGUACCCAGUUUAACCCAAAACGUGUAACUGUAAGUAGCUGCUCCUGAUUAUAACAAGACAAGUCCUGUGCUGCUUCCUCCACCUUCUCGACGACCUCUGCCUCUAAGAACAGCAUCCGUUCGAUCCCGCGUGUACACGCUUUCAAGGAGGUGAGUGAGUUCGACUCCUAUUGUUCGAUGAUCAUCCUGUCACUGCAUCAUCCGCACGUCAGUUUCGAGGACGUUUCCUUCAUCGCGAAAAAGAUUCCGUCGAUUUUUCUUGCCUACAUCAAGACGGAGACUAGUUGCCACGAGAACCAGCUGGAAUGUCGGUGGAUGUCCCAGAGCUGGGAAGCUGUGCUUGGUUAUGACAUCUUCAAAAGUAUUAGUGUACUUAGUUACAACAUGAUUGAGUUAACUCGACGUGGUCGGAGUUGCAAAGAACGGGAACGCUAUUGCAGUUGAAAUUAUAUCGUCGUGUGGCACUUCAAAUUAUAUCGAACUUUGAUUAUUUCGUAAUGCCGUUGUUCUUCUACAUUGCGAACUGCAAGUAGAGCCUGCUGCUCUAAGAGAGCGAAGCCAGCAACUGUGGCAGCAACGUGUGCCUAGGUAUGGUUCCCAGUGACGCUGUGUUUGACCAGGUGCAGGCGCAAUCGCCCAUGAUGGAUUGCACUGAGUUUCUGGAUAAGGAGUCGCGGCCCGCCUCCUGGACGACCCAAUGGCAACAAGAUUGGUUUGUCUACCAUAACUUCUUUGUAGACAAAUUCAGCCGGCCAACAUCUGAGGAAGAUGACAGGGGCGAUCAAGAUCAUGUAGUUGGAGGAGUUCACAGAUCCUCGAAAUCGGCUGUACAAACGAUAGGGGCCUCGCGUGGAAGAUCAACAUCGGAAACCACAUUUCCGCUCCUUGGCUCUGCCUUCCCGCACAUUGAGGCGGCGGACGCAAACCGACAGGCACGCACGAAGUUCUACUUUGCUGAGGUCGGAGCAUAUCAUCCGUUCAAGUAUUCAAACACGCUGCUGUUCGAAAAGUGCCUGCACUGGGAUGGGAUUUGCGUAGAACCGAAUCCGUACCACGCUCACCUUUUCUAUGGAUGUUGUUUUUUGCAUCUAUCAGACCAUCAAGGCUCCUGUUAAGACUAUACGUUUUUAUGGGGAAAGGGAUAGCCGUGAUGGUCUGCCUAGAUGGAAUUAUAGACGCCAUUCAUAUUCUCAAGACCUACAGACGCUGCCAACUAGUCCCACAUUGUGUCUGGUCUCACGAAAAAACUGUAACGAUGUCCUUCGCAAAAGACAUUAUGGUCCAUGAUGAUGAUGACAACGCCCUAUAUCUUGUUACCAAGUACUAAGGACACAAUCUUCAAGCUCACAACUAUUAAUAGUAUGUAAAUGUAUAUAGAAAAUUACAAUCAUCAAUGUCGUCCUCAAGAUCAUACUCAUAGGCACUCCGAGAAUCAAUACAUAUUUCAUCCUCAUCAUGAAGUAGAAUUGUAAGUAUUCUACUUAGAGGCGCUAGAAUCUACAACACGAACACCAAGAUGGAAUCUCGUCUAUCUCGUGAUUACAGCUCUUUCAUAAGCCUGAUCGAAGCAGCUGUGCCAGAUGACGACACCGGAGACAUUCCGGACAUAAACAGCUACGAUCUGCAGCAGCAAGCGAAAAAACCUUCUCACCAAUUUUUAAGGCUUCAGUCGAUAUGUGCUCAUGACACCCCUCAGUAGUUAAUCAUCAGCAGUGAUUUUUUCAGUUUCGAGUUUUACUAGUUCCUCCUUCCUGGAGUCCAAUAUUUGAUCAGGAUGUUGAAGAAAGAGCCACAACGUUGUAGAACAAAAGUAAUGGAUGGUCGUCGUAAUUUCAUCAAAUUCUAAAGCCGGAAGCCGUUUGCUACCCUCUAGAUCUGAUUCUGUCUGCUUUUUUCGACUUUCCGAAAAACGAAUUCGGACAGCGCAUUGUCGAUUACAUCAGUCUGGACGCAGAGCACGCAGAAGUCGAAAUCCUCAAUUAUGCUUGCUAGUGCUCGCAAUCAUGCAGAUACUUGUCUUUGCUGUAGUCCUACUUGAAGAUCGACAUUAGCGCUGGCGACAACAUAGGAGCAUAGAAAGAAAGCGUGGUCGAGACCAUCUUCUCAAAUGUCGUAGCUCUAGUGUUUAUCUGUUGAUCGAGGAACCGGAGGCAUUUCUCUAAACUUCAGUUUUUCCCUUUUCCGAGUACGAUAUCCAGGUCUGGUUGAUAGAGGUACAGCCGGACAAUUUUUACGCGGUUGACUCGAUCCUGUUGUCGAACGGUUUCGGUAAAGUAGCGGUUUUGGGCGGCGACCAUGUCUACAUGAAACUGGGAAACCUCUUCACGCGAUUAGUUAUGGACUGCUUUUUACAGUUGGAAUUUCAAUUUUGAAGAAUAGAUGCAAGAACAAGAUCGAUGAAGAUGGUAAGCAAGUCGUAAUUCUAGCUCUGCUCCUCCUGCUAGUACUACUUGACUAGAGUUGUGCUCUUGACUAAACUCAUCAUCUACAACUUCAAGUUGAACAGCAUUGUUCCACAUGAUUUUUCCUCUGACUCAUCUCUAAUCUUCACAUUCCUGCGAGCGCGCGCAAAGAAGCAGACGCGAUUAUGGGCAAUAAGACACAUGGCUUCCACGAGCACAAGAAACCGAAAAUCGAUUAUUCUACCAACCGACCGCGCAGCGCGUUAAAAAAAUCUACCGGGAGUGGCUCCUUAGGAGAAGAUGCCUCUCCACCUUCAAAACAAGAUGAACUUUGAAGGUGGAGGAUUGCCAGGUGAGCUCUUUUAGGAAGGGAAUACUAGCAGGUGAUGAAGAUGCACAAAAUCAAUCGUGACGAAACAAUUGUUGAGUAUCUACACGGUCACGUUGAGUAGUUGUUCUUGAAAAUCAUCGAUUAUAUAGACUAGGGUGUCCUCCGCCCUAUCGAGGAAUAACUUGAUAUUGUUGAGCGAAAAAAUCUGAUGACGUUUUUCUCACACUGAUAUGUCUGGUUGAACAGCACUGGGAGCGUGAACAGCUUGAAGUUUUUUCGAUCUCGUGAAAGUCGCUCAAUGACUAUAAUUUUCUGGUGUCAGUGUCGUCUGUCUCAGGAGAACAUGAUGACGAAGAUCAACUUGGCAGAGAACAGGAUAGAAAACUUUGUUAACAGGGUCAAAACUCGAUCGAGUUCUUGAAAGUUUUAGAGGUGUGGGUGACCACACCUCGUCACCUGGCUCUCACCAAGCUAAGACCAUAGUACUACAAAAGUUGGAGUUCCGUUUUCUCGAGCGCAACUACAACCGCAGUUUUCAAAGGUAUUUGACAAGGAUACGACGAGCAAGUUGUUGUACAUUGACAUGAACAUGUUGACUAAGAAGUACUUACAUAAUUGAUAGUAUCGCAAACAGAUAGUCCUCAUGCAGCCCCAUCUUCCAUGACAAGAUCACCAAAAGGACAUGGAAUAAAG